CAAUUAGGCCAUUAAUUGGUCCAACUCUGCACAUUUGCUUUCCGCUCUGAGUUCAUCUGACGACGGAAUGGCGGAUUGGAAGAUGCCAGUAAAUUACAACUUCAACCCGUCUUAUCAUGCGUAUGCAUACGGGCUCGUGUACCCGCAAGUGUCUGAGCACGGCCACCCGAAUCUCAGCUGGGCCGAGGCUGCGUACACUCACUCCGGCGGGGUCACCGCGACCUAUUACUCCGCGCAAACCGCACAGCAGUCGCCGCCCUGGAGCCCGGAGAACGGCAGUGUCGGCGCCUACGGCCACUAUACGAGCCACGCGCAGAACGGGCGGCUCUUCCUCUCCUACAGUAAGACUGAGUCCGAUCCGAAGCCGAAAGACGCAGAGCAGGCCGGCAGCGAUACACCCAGUGAUACAGAGGCCCAUACGCCAGACCCUUACAGUAACCCUCAGGUGAGAGAGCCUGUGUUCAAGAGGAGUCCUCCACAAACGCCCUUCUACUCCAGCUACCCACAGCCACGCUCUCCUACCCAGGCCACCGCAAGACCCCCGGGAAACUGGCCUGUGCCCCCAGCUGUGGCGCACUAUGAGUUCCCCAGCCCUGCUAGCUACAUGCAAGCCCUUGAUGGCAGCAAUGCGGCCAACAAAGAAGGCAGCCCUACUCCAUCCAUGCCGAGUGCCACCCAGUGGACAGCGAAAGGAAUGACUUUGUUGUGA